AAAGAAUUGCCCAAUCCUAGCGCGGGAAUCUUGUUGCGGGCGGGGCCUUAACCGGGUUAUAUAAGAACACUGGGCUGAGCAAUGCCUGUAGUUCCCAGCGAGUGAUCCUGCAGCGAGCAACCAUGACUCUCUACAUACUUGCCAUUGGGCUUUGUUUAACUACUGUUCUGGCUGCUCCUACAACAGACCCGGCAUUGGACCAGCACUGGCAGAACUUCUUGAGUUUCUACUCAAAAUCCUAUCAACCGAGGGAAGCUGGCUGGAGGCGAGUGGUAUGGGAGAAGAAUCUGAAGACUAUUGAAGUGCACAACAUGGAAUAUGCCAUGGGCAAACACACUUACAGGCUUGGCAUGAAUCAUUUUGGGGACAUGACUACAGAAGAAUUCAGACAGAUACACAAUGGCUACAAACACAAGUCAGACAAGAAGAGAGGAUCAACCUUUAUGUCUCCAAACAACUAUCAGCCCCCCAAGAGUGUUGACUGGCGCAAAGAAGGAUAUGUAACGCCAGUUAAGGAUCAGGGUCAGUGUGGCUCCUGCUGGUCCUUCAGUGCCACUGGAGCUCUGGAAGGACAAAACUUCAGAAAGUCUGGGAAACUGGUUUCACUAAGUGAGCAAAACCUUGUUGACUGCUCUAGGCCAGAAGGCAAUGAAGGCUGCAAUGGAGGUCUCAUGGAUCAAGCUUUCCAAUAUGUUUUGGACAACAAGGGCAUUGACUCUGAAGAGUCUUACCCAUACAUUGCCAAGGAUGACCAAGACUGUCAGUACAAUCCUAAUAACAAUGCUGCAAAUGACACUGGUUUCAUGGAUGUAACAUCUGGAAGCGAGAAGGAGUUGAUGAAGGCUGUGGCUUCAGUUGGUCCUGUGUCUGUGGCAAUUGAUGCUGGACAUCAAUCAUUUCAAUUCUAUCAGAGCGGUAUCUACUAUGAUCCUGAAUGCAGCAGCACAGAUCUGGAUCAUGGUGUCCUUGUGGUUGGCUAUGGCUUUGAAGGAGAAGAUGUUGAUGGCAAGAAGUACUGGAUAAUUAAAAACAGCUGGAGUGAGAAAUGGGGCGACAAGGGUUACAUUAACAUUGCCAAAGACAGAAAAAAUCACUGCGGAGUUGCUACAGCUGCCAGCUAUCCUCUAGUUUAGUUUUAUAAAGACUUUUUAUUUUAAGACACUAGGCACAUGUUCUGAUCUUUUACCAGUUGUGGCAAUGCUGCAGGAUCACAACUAGAUGCUGGGAAACAUUGCCAGGAUGCUGCUUUGUUUUAGUACUGUGUUUUUUAUUUUGACUAAUGUUUUUAUAUUGUAAAAUAAAAUUGUUUUAAUCCAACUUUGUUUACCAUCAUGAGUGUUAUAAAUGUCACAAUGUGCUUGUUCCCUUUAA